CUGGUAUCAUUAUGAUUUGUCCCGACAUGCAGCCGAAGCUCUUCUCCUUUCGAAUGGGGUGGAUGGGAAUUUUUUACUCAGAAACAGCAACAAAGGACCUGACUGGUUUGCUUUAUCUGUCCGAGCAAAGGAUUCAGUGAAACACUUUCAUGUCCGGCGGCAGUUUGGCAAAUAUUCCUUUGGCUUCAAUGAAUUUCCUUCCCUUCAGGAUUUUUGCAGUCACUUUGCCAAUCAGCCGCUGCUAGGCAGCGAGACAGGAAGCCUGAUAGUGCUACGGUUCCCAUACCCACGGCAGGUGGAAGAACCAUCCAUUUAUGAGACGGUGUGUGUGCAUACGGCCAUGCAGACAGGCCGGCAUGAAAACGACCUGGUGCCUAAUGCUCCAGCACUUGGCACUAAAGAAGGUUAUCUGGUUAAACAAGGAGCGAUCAUCAAGAACUGGAAGCAGAGAUGGUUCACACUGAAUAGAUAUGAACUUAAAUAUUUUAAAGAUAAAAUGUUUGUAGAGCCAAUACGAACCCUGGAUCUGACGGAGUGCUCUGCUGUGCAGUUUGAUUACAGUCAGGAGAGGGUUAACUGCUUCUG